AAGUAGCUCUAUUACCUGGCUAUUAAACUAAAAUGGCAACAAAACAAAGUCUACUUCGCCUGUCAACCAGAGUGCAAGGACUAAGAAGAUUGUCUAGUUCGCCUACUCCCGGUGUACAAACAUUGUCUUAUUCGGAAUCAGACGAUAUUAUAUACGGACCAGACCACUGGCAGCUCAGAAACUCUCUUAGAAAAAUUAUAGACAAAGAUAUUAAUCCUAAAGUUGAUGAGUGGGAGGCCCAGAGAAAGUUUCCAGCCCAUAAAGUAUUUAAACUCCUUGGCAACAAUGGUUUUCUGGGUGUCUCGAGGCCUAAAGAGUAUGGUGGGCUGGAGCUUGACUACUCUUACAGUACAGCGUUGGCUGAAGAACUAGGCAAUAUCAACUGUGGAGGCAUCCCCAUGGCUAUAGGAGUUCAAACAGACAUGUCAACACCAGCACUGGCCAGAUUUGGAAGUGAGUUUUUAAAAAAGGAAUUUUUAGCCCCUACAAUUGCUGGUGAUUUGGUAGCCUGUUUGGGAGUUAGUGAAGUCAGUUCUGGAUCAGAUGUUGCAAGCAUACAAACUAGGGCAUCAAGAAAAGGAGAUGACCUCAUUAUCAAUGGGGGUAAAAUGUGGACAACCAAUGGUACGCAGGCAGAUUGGAUGUGUUGUCUAGCCAACACAAGUGAAGGGAAAGUUCAUGCCAACAAGUCAUUGAUUGUUAUUCCAAUGAAAACACCAGGUGUCACAGUUGCCAAAGAGAUACAGAAGCUAGGCAUGUGGUCCUCUGACACGGCUCAGAUAUUUUUUGAAGAUGUCAGAGUGCCCAGGUCACACAUCAUUGGAGAGGAAGGUCAAGGUUUCAUGUACCAGAUGCUACAGUUUCAGGAAGAGAGAUUGUUUGCUACAGCCUGUGCUCUUGUUCCUCUGGAGAAAAUGAUUGCGGAGACCAUCAAGUACACCACGGAGAGGAAGAUAUUUGGUCGGUCAGUAUUGAAUUACCAGGUUGUCCACUUCACAUUGGCCGAACUGUCCACUGAGGUAGAAAUGCUGCGCUCUGCUCUGUACAGAGCUGUGGCACUAUACAUCAAAGGGCAGGAUGUCACCAAGCUGGCCUCCAUGUGUAAACUUAAGGCUGGGCGCCUUCUUCGUGAAGCUUCAGACAAGUGCUUGCAGUACUGGGGAGGGAUGGGCUUUACAGAAGAAGUGCUCAUCAGUCGAAUGUAUAGAGACAUGCGUUUGAUUUCCAUUGGCGCUGGGGCUGACGAGGUCAUGCUGGCCAUUAUUUGUAAACUCAUGAACACCCUGCCUAAGAAAUAAAAUGUUGGACCUGUCAUUUAUUCUCGUUGAGAAACCUUGUUGAUUGGGUGUUAUGUGUUAAACCAGUUUUUCACUGCUCCUGUGACUUAAAUGUAAAAUUUAUUUUUGGUUCAAAAUUGUUAUUGUUUAAAUUUGUUUAUAUUAAUGCACGUCAUAGUACACAUUGAAAUAUGAAAUAUUUAGUUUUUGUGGAAUUUAAUUUCUUUUUUUGACUACUUUUAAUAACUUGGACUUAAACACUCAAAAACUAUUUGUAAAUCUAGUCCUUUCCGUUAAAUUUUUGUAUGCUGUCCUCCAGUGGCGAAGCUAGGAAUUUGCCAUCAAUUUGUUUGGGGCCCCCUGCAUUUUUUGUGUAAUAUUUAAUGUCAAAAACACUCAUUUGAAGGUCCGCCGUAAUUGGGGCUCAGGGGUAUUUUCAAAUUCUCCCCUCCCUUCCCCCAACCUAGCUACACCUCUGCUGUCCUCUUGUGUUGUUAUAUCAACUUUGUUUCAUUGAUGUCAUCAAAUUUAUAAAUAAUAUAGUUUACUGUUUUUGUUUGUUAUUCAAUGAAUCUAUGAGGAAAUUGAUAUGCUUAAUUCUAAAGGCAAGCCUCGCCUCAAGCUAUUUAUGGUCUACAUUUAUUGGCUUCCUUCAGUCAGAAAAAAAUUCAAUGGUAAAACUCCUUGAUCUUUGGUGUGAGAUGAAAGCUUGGGCAUUAGUGAAAAGAAUCUAAAUUGACCACCGGUCGGAAAAUGGUUAAGUCUGCACUGGAUGUGGCAAAAUAUUUAGGUCGCAGCUGGCACUGCGUAGCCAUGUGAAAUACUGCACUCUUUAUUAAUAUAUAUAAUAAAUGUAUGGUCUGAAUGUUGUUACCCACACCAUAUUCCCCUCUCUCUAUGCAGAUGUCGAAUCCAAAGGAGCUAUAAAUAAUUUAUACAGGUUAGCAGUGCUGCAGGUUUUGCCUGAAAUAGUUCUUCUGGAAGCUGCCAAUGGUUCAUAGGCUCCUGCUCAAAUUUGCUCCAGGAGCAUUUCCCAUAUACAUACAUAACUAAGAUUGUUACACAUCAGGACAUGGUGUAGUAGAGUGAAAGUUAACUAUUCUCAGAACGCAGAUUUAGUGCUGUUGCUUUUUUAAUUUGAAACAGAUCAUUGAUAGAGACUUUAAAUAAGUGACAGACAAUCUGUUCUGCAAUUAUUUGUUAACUGUAUUUAAAAAAGAAUUAUCAAUACUAAUAGAUUUUAAGUUUGUAUCACUAAAUAUGAACCAAAAAAUGAGUCUAUGAUUUGUUGGUAAUGCAUUGUUCAGGAUGUGAAAGUAUUGCUUGUUACAUGUUGAUUGAUUUAAUGACAUAAUAAUUGACAAAGUGCCAUAAUGAUGUCAUUUUUUUAUAUUUAUUUAUUUAUAUAUGUCUAAAUCCAAAUGCAAAAUAAAAAAUCUUUCUAAUAUAAAUGAAG